ACAUUGAAACGCAAUUAGAACUGGCAACACUUUGUUGAUACAAGACGACAUUAAGCGAAAUUAGCUCAGUUCUCAACCCGCUUUUUUUAUCUCAGCCUUGAGACGAAAAGGAUAUUUGGAUUGAAAUUUAAUCACAUCACGUAGACAGUGCGUCAGCUGGGCUCUUCGGCAAAACAGCAUAGCUUGCGCGGAUCACAAAGGCACAGAUUGAAAUCGUCAAAAAGUUUAAUUGUAAACAAGGUUAGUAUCCUGUUUGCCUUACUGAUAAAGCAAUUAAACUGAUAAAAACUCAGAGCGAAUAUAAACUUGAACGGGCUUACGUUAAACGAACUGUAAAGAAAAUUAUGUUCAUUAGAAAUUUCGAACGCAGUUCUUGCGUAAAGCGCGUAGCCAUGGAACACAGCAGGACAUCUUUCGCUUUGAUGUUUUUCCUAGUUGGUUGGCUCGCACAGGGAAAUGCUUCGCUUAACAACCGCAACCACCUAACAUAUGUCAACAGUCCCUACGAAAUACAACGUGAAAAUAAUCUCACCGUGGUGAGAGCCGAACCACCCCCACACGAGCUCGCAGCCAAAAUGGCUCGCUAUAUAGUGCACAAGAGCGACUGGACUGCACUUGCCACGACCUCGACCCAUGAGCCGAUUAAAGGUUUCCCUUUUGCCAAUAUUUUUUCUGUCAGCGAUGGACCUAUUCACAAAUCGAAAGGGAUCCCAUAUUUUUACCUGACGGACAUGGAAAUAUCCGUUCAGGAUUUGAAAGAGGAUGCCAGGACGACGAUCACAAUGAGUCUAGCUCAAACGAAUUUUUGCAAAAAACAUCAGUAUGAUCCGGAAGAUCCACUCUGUGCUCACGUUAUUCUGACCGGGACCCUCGUUCCUGUCACCGAUCCCAGCGAAAAGAACUUCGCGCGACAAGCACUCUUCUCCAGACACCCAGAAAUGAAAGAUUGGCCAAAAGAUCACGGUUGGUGGUUUGGUAAACUGGUCAUCAGCAAAAUAUGUCUUCUCGACUAUUUUGGUGGCAUAAAAGACGUCAACCUUGAUGAAUAUUUUGCAACCAAUCCUAUGUGAUACAAACCUAAAUGAAACGCGCAAAAUAGAUUAUCAGCAAAAUCCUUCAUGAUUAUUGUUACCCGGUAGAAAAUCUGAAAUUACAGUAUCGCGUAUGAAA